UUCUCUGCAGCGUUUUCGAGGCAGGUUUGGUUAAAUCGCCUCUUCGCCAUCAUAUCAUCGUCGUCGUCGGCACGUACUUUGUCUUCUCUGCGUCCUCCAUAAUCGAUCUUAUCGUUUCAGAUCUCAUCUGCUCAACUUUUUGUUCUCUCGCAUUUAUCGCCUAAUGGUUACUCUUGUUUGAAAUAUUGGCAUGAUUGGAUACUUCAUACUUGGUUUGGUUGAGGAACAUUGGUGCUCAAGUAUGUCAGACAAGGAGGAAGGGGAAGAGAAUACUACCCGUGGAAAUGAUUGGGAAGUUGUGUCAUUGUCGGCGUCAGCAUAUGCUACUUCUCCUGGCCCAAAAGAGGGGGAAUUGAAAGAUGAUGACAAGGGAGUUGCUCACUAUGAGGCAGAAACAUCCCAUCCUUUGUUCAUGUCUCGUCACUUUGUUUUCCCUCCAAGCGAGCAUGAGAAUCUACCCCUGGAACGUAUUGAACCCGAGAUUCAUGAAGAUAAGGUGAGUAAGAAUAUCGACUUUGGAUUUCGCCUGAAUGAAGAAGAGGAAGCCAUGACACAGGGAAAAGAGGAAGGGGAUUUGACUCUGAAGGGGUUGAACUUAACAGAUGAGUUCGCAGGACAUGAAUUUCUUGAUGAGAAAGGUAAAAGAGAAGAAAGCAUAUACAAUGCAACCCUCAUCAGUUCUUUGAAUGAUGAAAGAUCAAUUGUUGGGUCAAAUGUGUACGAGGAAAAGGAACCUGUUAAUAAAGAUGAAAAACAUGAAGAAGCAAACGUCCCCUGUGAAGCUUGGUGGAGAAGAAGUGCGGCUUCCAUGUAUGCGCAAGCGAAAGAGGCGAAUGCAUUUUGGUCAAUUUUCAUAGCUGCAGCUGUGAUGGGUCUGGUGAUUCUCCGCCAACAGUGGCAACAAGAGAGGUGGCAGGUGUUGCAGCUUAAGUGGCAAUCGAGCAUUGGAAAUGAGAGAGCUGGAAGGUUAACAGGGCCAAUAUCUCGUCUGAAAGAGGUGUUGGUAGGAGGGCAGCGACGGGGCUCCUUCAUCAGGACCAGCUCCUCCAACCACAAUUGAGUACAGUGUGGCUGCCCGAACGACGACUGAUUUUGAUAAUGACGAUAAAAGGAAGAACCAAGAAUAGAGCAAAGUGUGUGUAUGUAACUCUGUAUCAUUCCCGAUGUGAUUGUAUCUCUUUAGGUAAAACAGCAUACGGGGUUGUGUUGUGUUGUCGUGAAUCCAUGGGUCUGUCAAAUGCUUCUGCUCGUUAUGUUAUAGUGGUUCCCUUGGUGUAGUCGGCUU